GCUGAUUGGUUGCUGAAAUUAUGCUGUUCGCCAAUCAUAUUCUCCCAGAUCACAGCAAAUGAACAGGAAGAAAAGAUGGCGGCGAGAAACGGGAAGAGUGGCAUAUUGGAAAAAUGGAGGAUUGAUGAGAAACCUGUGAAGGUUGACAAGUGGGAUGGUGCAGCUGUGAAGAACUCUCUCGAUGAUGCAGCUAAGAAGGUGCUCUUGGAGAAGUACGGCUACGUGGAGAACUUCAACCUGGUCGACGGCCGUCUCUUCAUCUGCACCAUCUCCUGUCUUUUUGCUAUCGUAGCUCUUAUCUGGGACUACCUCCACCCGUUCCCCGAGUCCAAGCCUGUCCUGGCAUGCUGUGUCAUAUCGUAUUUCAUCAUGAUGGGCAUCCUGACCCUCUACACCUCUUACAAAGAGAAGAAUAUUUUCCUGGUGGCCCUUCAGAAAGACCCCGCGGGCAUGGACCCAGACGACAUCUGGCAACUCUCCUCCAGUCUGAAAAGGUUUGAUGACCAGUAUACACUCGUAGUCGCCUUUACGGAUGGGAAGAACAAAUGUUACCGGGAGAAACAGUUCACCAAGUCUGUGGGGGCGUUCUUUGACGAGAACGGAACUCUGGUGAUGGACCAAUAUGAGAAGGAUGUCUCGAAGCUCCACGACAACCUGACAUCAGACAAGAAGACAAAGUAACGGGGCCAGUGUCGUCCUGUUGUCGAUGCCAGCCUUUGUCCCAACCCAGCAUAGCCCCAUCGCUGUGGAUGGCACAGUGGCGUCGGAGCAGAGCCGCUGCGUAUCUGUCUGGGGUUGGUGGUCACAUUACAUUUGCAGUCUGCCUGUGUGCUUUUUCUCAUCGCUCAUGUUUCUACACUGGUCAGGUAUUUGCUCCGUAGUCAAAGUCACAAAUCUCAAGAUCUGUUUAUAUGAAAUAUGUGUUAGGUAACCUCCCAAUGGUACCCUCUUCUACACCCUGCGUUGUGCCCAAGGUUACGGGCCCAAGAGAAAGGUUUUAUGUGUGUUGGUAUGUUCUACACAUUUUACAGGGGUUAACCCACCUACCUUGUGCAGAUGUCACAUACAUCACAUUUGUUCCUGUUUUUUACCUUCUGUUUUUUUUCUUUUCUUUUUUUUUCCAAAGCUGUGUGAAAAAGCUGUUUCGGUUUAAUUCACUACUCAGAUUUUGUUUGUUUAUUAGGUUUUUUUUUUUUUUUUUUUUUUUUCAUUUCACACAGAAGGACACAAUGCCUUAUAAAGAGAGCUGUAUGAUUGUCUGCAGUUGUGUUGUCCUCUCCUGCUUUGUAAUCGCUGAACUGCAUUCAUUCUUUUAUCUUGAGAGCCUUACACCAUUUCUCUACCCAUCAAGUAAAAAAAAAAAAAAAAAAUGAAAAUAAGGGACUGGAUUCGGUCACUAAACUCUUGUUGUCCCCCAAGACUCUUGUUGUCCCCUUGUUGCCUCUUUUGAUACCUAGUAGAUUUGAAAGGGUCUACUAAUCUUACUUUAAAGCAGGGGUCAUUGUUUGGUGUUAAGGGUAAGGGUAUGAAGCAAGCCAGUCAAGAGCCCCAGGGGUGCAUCAGUAUUGUUUUGGUUUCAGUUACCCAUGACAUCAUGUCAUUUAACUUAUUCUGUAACGGUUAGGUAAACAUAUGGAUACAGAGGUGUUUUUUUUUUAUUAUUAUUUGUAUAAAGAUAAGCAGUCACAAACCAUGGACGUUGCAAGAAUUUCUGUUUGUAGAUCUUGAGUAAACUUUAGCUACCUUGGUGGUGCGUGCCAGUUCUUCCCCAAAAAAAGUAUAAAAUAAAGUGAAAGGCAUUUUUAUA